UCUUUAUCCCGGCGGCGGCCGAAGGGAGCGGAGCGGCCUUGGGGGAAUCAACGCUGCCGGAGCAAAAAAAAUGAGGACACGGAAAAAUCCCUGCUCCGUGGACAAAGCUUGGCUGGAAAAACACCGCAGCGACGAAGCCGAGCGGGAAACGCCGGAGCGGGAAGCGCCGGAGCCCGAGGCCGUCAACGGGAUCUGCCACGAGGAUUCCGUCGAGGGGGAAUUCAAGGGGGACCCGAAAAAAACCAGGAAUGGCAAAAAGCAGCGGAAACGGAAGCGCUCCCCGAAGCCCAAGGCUCAGGAUUCCAAGCUGGAGGCGAUCCUGGCGGGAAUGUCGGCGGAGCGCGUGUGGUUCGACAAGCCCUUGUACGACCGCGCCGAGAGCUCCUACAGGAUAAAAUUAGCGGCUUCCCAGAGUUGGGAAUCGCCUGAGACUGGAAAAACGGCUCAGGAAUCUCCUGGCGCGACCAGGUUGAAAUCCAGCCAAGAUAUUCCCAAGGCAAAGACGUUCCCGGCGUGUUCCCACGGGAGCCUGGCCGCCUGUCACCACGUUGUCCAAGGGGUUUGGAUCAACAAGUUUGACUUCGAUAAGGCCGAGAGGGUGUUCAUGGAAAAAUCCCAGUUUUUCCUUCCUCCCAGCGUCCUGGCCAUCCCAUCCGUGCGGGCGAAUUCCAGGCUGGGAACGCCGGACGAGGGCUACGGCACGGCUUUGCCCACUCCCGCCACGCCGGGCUUGGCUCCCGGCAUUCCCAACUCUCCCGUGGCCUCCGUUGCCAGCGUGCCCGGCUCCGACCGGCAGACGGUCAACGGGAAGCCGCAGAUUUCCAACUGGGAAGUCCUGGCGUCCGAGGUGUGGCUGGAAAAGCCUCUCUACGACGACGCCGAGAAGAAUUUUUACGAGAAGAUGUCGGACGGGCACCCCUCGGAUAAAACCCAGCGGGACGGAUCGUGGAAUUUCCAGGGAGGGAAUCUCGAAAUCCAACGCGGCUGCCCGGAAGAAUCCAAGAACCACAACCCCGGGAAGCAAACGGGAAUGGCCUCCACCAACCCUCAGCUUCCCGAUGUUCCCAAGGAAAAUCCCACCUGCUUUUUCCUGCACAAGGACAGCGAAUCCGUGUGGCUGAAUAAGGUGACCUACGACAGGGCCGAAUCCCGAUAUUUUGCCCUGGAAGCGGACAGAGCGGCGGAGAAAAUGGGGAUUGAGGAAUCUGCUGCAGGAAAUCCCUCCCAUCCGGCUGCUCCGGGCAUUCCCGCUCUGGAAGUGAAGAAAAUGGCUGUGGAUUACUUCCUGCACGACAAGAUCUGGUUUGAGAAGUUCAAAUACGACGACGCCGAGCGACGGUUCUACGAGCAGAUGAACGGCCCCGUGGGUGGCCCCUCCCACCAGCAGGAGAACGGAGCCAGCACGAUCCUCCGCGACAUUGCCAGAGCCAGGGAGAAUAUCCAGAAAUCGCUGGCCGGAAGUGCAAGCACAUCCUCCUCUGGAGCUGCUGGUGACCAAAAUGAGCUCCUGUCCCGAAUUUCCCACCUGGAAGUGGAAAACCAGAACCUCCGCAGUGUUGUUGCAGACCUCCAGAUGGCCAUUUUCAAGCUGGAAAGCCGCCUGAACGCUCUGGAGAAAUCCUCAACUUCCCACCAGCCCUCAUCUGUUCCUCCAACCCAGAAAGUGGAACCGUUCAGCGUUCCCUCCAAAAAAGUGGAGCUCCCGGCCAAGAAAUCCGAGCCAGCUGCUGCUGAGGAGGAUGAGGAUGAUGACAUCGACCUUUUUGGGAGCGAUGAUGAGGAGGAAGACCAGGAAGCUGCCAAAGUCCGGGAAGAGCGGCUCCGGCAGUACGCGGAGAAGAAGGCCAAGAAGCCGGGACUCAUCGCCAAGUCUUCCAUCCUGCUGGAUGUGAAGCCGUGGGACGACGAGACUGACAUGGCCAAGAUGGAGGAGUGUGUCCGGUCCAUCCACAUGGACGGGUUGGUGUGGGGAGCCUCCAAACUGGUCCCAGUCGGAUACGGCAUCAAGAAACUCCAAAUCCAGUGCGUGGUGGAGGACGAGAAAGUUGGGACAGACAUCCUGGAGGAGGAGAUCACCAAGUUUGAGGACUACGUGCAGAGCGUGGAUAUUGCUGCUUUUAACAAGAUUUAGAAGGGAAAACUGUAUCCCCCUCAUCUGAACCUGGAAUUAAUAAAGUUGAACAUUGGGAGUG